AUGGCCGCUCACACAGCUGUAUUUUCAUCUCCUUACGUUUGUAGCUGCAAACUCAAGCCUUCACCAAAACCUGCUGUUCUUUUGCCCCAAUCAUUGACCGAUCGAAGGCCUUCUUACAAUUCCCUCGUUUUCCAGGCUGCGCGACUUUUGGGCCCUCCGGCAAAGUUCGACGAAUCAAAGCUAAAGGUGUUAUUUUUGGGAGAAAUCGGCACGCCAACCAGAAUCGUGCCGCGAACUUACACUCUUUCACAUUGCGACUUCACGGCUAAUCUAACUCUAACUAUUUCGAAUGUUAUCCCACGUGAUCAGCUGACUGGGUGGUAUAAUAAAGACGAUGUUGUUGCUGAGUGGACACAAGUGAAAGGUGAUUUGUUCCUAAACGUCCAUUGCCAUGUCAGCGGACCAAAUUCUUUCUCGUCAAUGGCUGCCGAAUUUAGAUACCACAUAUUCUCCAAGGAAUUGCCACUGGUUCUUGAGGCUGUGUUGUAUGGAGAUUCGGAUAUUUUCAAAGAACGCCAAGAACUAAUGGAUGCUUUAGUGAGAGUGUAUUUCCAUUCGAGCUUCAAGAAGUAUAACCGAAUGGAGUGUUGGGGACCACUGAAGGAUGCUGCUCGGGGCAAAGGAGUGGAACAGAUUAAUGGAUAUAUGUCUGCAAGCAAAGAUAAUCCUGGUGAUACCAAAUUUUGGGGGACCCCAAAAUCAUUCUUUCAAGCACUAGCUACAUUCUUUCUCUGA